CCUUCUUUCUCUUAGCAGACAAGUCGUGUGUAAGGGCGGCGUGCUAGUGUGGAUCCGAUUUAUCAAGCGGACAAAUGGCCGAUUCGUUGACACUUUUCAUUUCUAUUGGACUCAGUGAGCAGAAAGCGAAAGAAACUCUGAAAAAUGAAGCGCUGAGUUCUGCCCUGAAGGACGCGAUUAUUCAGGCGCAAGGUGUCCGUGGGGCAUCAGGAGUGGACAAAGUCACGGGUACAUUGCUGUACAGUCUGGCAUCUCGUCUUAAAGACACCAAGCGCCUGGCAUUUCUGGCCGACAGUAUAGCUCAGCGCAAAAUCUGCACAGAGCUGCAGCUGGCAGCUGCUUUGGACUUUGUGAAGAGUCAUCCCGAAGACCCUAUCAACCAAAAGGAGUUUGAUGAUGCAUGUGGUGUAGGGGUUGUCAUAACACCAGAGCAGAUUGAGGAUGCAGUCGAGUCUGUGAUCAAGAAGCACAAGGAGCAGCUGUUGAAGGAGCGGUAUCGUUUCAACAUGGGAAUUCUAAUGGGUGAGGCGCGUUCUGCUCUUAAGUGGGCUGAUGGAAAGGUGAUCAAAAAUGAGGUGGACCUGCAGGUUUUGCACCUCUUAGGACCCAAAACAGAGGCUGACCUGGAGAAGAAACCAAAGCCACAAAAAGUGAAAGUUGCAGAGAAUGAUGUGAAGACAAAGAAAGAAGAGGAUACAGUGAAUGGUGAUGUUGUGUUUGGGGAGGGCAAGUCUCUAAUGGAGCAGCUUAGAGGAGAAGCACUGAAAUUUCAUAAACCAGGAGAGAAUUACAAAACAGAGGGUUAUGUGCUUAUACCGAGCACAAUGGAUCUACUUAUGAAACACUUGGAGAUCACCGGUGGACAGAUACGCACUCGCUUUCCUCCUGAGCCCAAUGGUAUCCUUCAUAUUGGACACGCCAAAGCCAUCAACUUUAAUUUUGGUUAUGCAAAGGCAAACAAUGGAAUUUGUUUCUUGAGGUAUGAUGACACAAAUCCCGAGAAGGAGGAGGAGAAGUACUUCACUGCCAUCAAGGAUAUGGUGGAGUGGCUGGGCUACGAACCUUAUGCUGUCACACACGCAUCAGACAACUUUGAGAGGCUGUACGAACUCGCUGUGGAGCUCAUUCGUAGGGAUCAUGCAUAUGUGUGCCAUCAGAAGGGUGAGGAGCUGAAGGGCCAUAACGUUCCUCCAUCACCUUGGAGAGACCGACCUGUUGAAGAGUCACUGGUGUUGUUUGAGAGGAUGAAGAAGGGGCUGUUUGCAGAGGGAGAGGCCACGCUCAGAAUGAAGAUGAUCAUGGAGGACGGGAAGAUGGAUCCUGUUGCUUACCGAAUCAAAUAUACAGCUCACCAUCGCACUGGAGAUAAAUGGUGCAUUUAUCCCACUUAUGACUACACCCACUGUCUGUGUGACUCCAUAGAAAACAUCACACAUUCACUGUGUACCAAAGAGUUUCAAGCCAGGCGUUCGUCAUAUUACUGGCUGUGUAACGCUCUGGAUGUGUACUGCCCUGUUCAGUGGGAAUACGGCCGCUUGAACCUCACCUACACUGUCGUGUCUAAAAGGAAAAUCAUCAAACUGGUUGACACAGGUGUAGUCAGAGACUGGGAUGAUCCCAGACUCUUCACUUUAACUGCGCUGAGGAGAAGAGGUUUCCCUCCGGAGGCUAUCAAUAACUUCUGUGCACGGGUGGGAGUCACCGUUUCCCAGACAACAACUGAGCCCCACUUGCUGGAGUCCUGUGUGAGGGAUGUUCUGAACGAAACUGCUCCUCGAGUCAUGGCUGUGCUGGAGCCACUCAAAGUCACCAUAACCAACCUCCCUGAGAACGCAAAGUCAGAUGUAAGAGUACCAGACUUUCCUGCCAACGAGGCCAAAGGCAGCCACACGGUUCCAUUUACACGGACGAUCUUCAUUGAGCAGAGCGAUUUCAGAGAGGUGAUGGAGAAGGGCUACAAGCGUCUGACUCCAGAGCAGCCCGUAGGCCUGAGACAUGCUGGCUAUGUCAUCACUGUCCAGAAAGUCAUUAAGGACUCUCAGGGUAAGGUGGUGGAACUGGAAGUAACCUGUUGCAGUUCUGAGACUGCAGAGAAACCAAAGGCCUUUAUCCACUGGGUCAGCCAGCCGCUGGUGUGUGAAGUGCGUCUCUAUGAAAGACUAUUCCUCCACAAACAUCCAGAAGAUCCAUCUGAAGUACCCAAUGGCUUUUUGAGUGACAUUAAUCCCAACUCCCUGCAAGUGAUCAGCAGUGCCUUAGUGGAUACCUCGGUCAAAGGAGCAAAGGUUUUGGAUAAAUUCCAGUUUGAGAGGGUUGGUUACUUCUCAUUGGACCCUGACAGCACCGCAGAGAAGCUCAUCUUCAACAGGACAGUCACCCUUAAAGAGGACCCUGGGAAGAUCUGAUGAUCGACUUAGGCUCAAGCUGCACUUCAUGCUUCCCAUGAGCCCUAAGAUACAUGUCUGAAUUGUUUGCAUCACUUCUUGUGUAACCUCAGCAGGGGAACAGACUGGUAUAGCUGAGACAGAUCAAAUUAAAUGCUGUUAACAUUUAUAAAUGGCACUUCUUAUUCAUAGAAUUGUCUCCUUUUGUUAAUGUUGCACUGCAUCGUCACUUUGAGCUGUCUCUGUGCUUUAUCAGUCAGUCAUUUCUUCUUUUUUGUAUUCCUGCUGCAAUAAUAUUUACCUAAACUGUUCUUUUUAAAUUAAAGUAGCUUUGGUGAUCGUUGUUGGCACACAGCUGGUGUUAUAUAGAAGAGAUGCUCUCAACUGCCAAAUCUGACUUUCUUGCAAAGUUGGUGGGUCACUGCCAACCCACCAUAUGUUUUUAAGACUCAGAGAAGUCCUAUGAACAGGACAAAACAAUAAAUGAUGCUACAAAAAUCUUUUUUUUUCUGUGGUAAUUGUGAGUACGGGGAUUUAUAUUUUCAUGUGAACAUAAAUAUUAAAUAAUUAACCCAG